GUCCUCACCAGUCCGACGAGGCACCUUCACACAUGUAUCCACCUCACCCCAGCGAGCCAGCUGAACUUCGUCUGUAUCCCAGCACCGAUGAAUCAGCUUUGCCUGUUUCCCCUCCACUCGCCACAGACGCACAAGUCACUUUGAUGGUAGGCGGACGCAAGUUCGUCACCGCCCGCACGACCUUAACUGCCGAAAGCGAUUACUUCCGAAGGCUUCUAUCUGGGCGCUGGGAAAACGAGCAACCGGAUGGUUCAUGGUUUAUCGACGCGGAUCCAGACCUCUUUGAACACAUUCUGCACUACUUGCGCUACCACAUUGCUCCGGUGUUCUACGACAACGAAAAAGGACACGACCUUGGCCGUUAUAUGGCUCUUCUUGUUCAAACAAACUACUUCCAAAUCGACGCGCUGGAGAUUUGGUUGAAGAGCAAGCAAUACUUCAACGCGGUCAAAAUCCGCUGUACAGUCGAGGAGCGGGAGGGAGAGUUCGACACUACAGUCAUCACAGAUGCCGACGUCAAAUUUGUCGGACCGGUGUGGGAAACUAAGCACGUCUAUGUUUGUCCGCGAGGCAUUCCCGUGCACACGAACUACGGUCUUUGUGGGAAGGAUUGCAAGAAGCACCGCCCUGUCACUAUCAGAUACGAUGCGGGGAAUACGUUAAGGACGGCGGUUAUCAAAAAGACGGUAAUUAUUGACGAGGAGGCUUGUCGUCCGUAGGAUAGCUUGGUAGAAGAGUCAGUGCUGAAUGUGUUUUUGGGAGGAUUUUCUACAACGGGAAUUACUAUGAAGAUGGCUUAGAAGUGUGAAUAGCAAAAGCAGAGCCUGUUUUGAUGCCUAGUCACAGAACUCUUCUCAAUAACAAAGACACACACCCCAAA